AUCAAAAACAUUGAACAUGCCAACCUUUCAGAACAUAGUAACCAACUCGUUACUCUUCAUAAACAAAAUUAUUUUUAGGUGUUUGUAAUUUUCUAUAUUGAGUCUUAGCAUAUCUUUCUGGGAUAUUUUGCAAUUUGUGAAAUAUGAAUCCCUCAGGAAGGUGCCCACCGUGUCCCCAAAUUGGUUGCUUUAAGGACGGUUAUCAUCAUGUGGGCGUAACUCCUGCACCUUGUUUGCCGACCGACGUAGCUUACACAGAAGGAAGGACUGUUAGAGAUGUAGUGGGAAAAGAUUGUCUUGCCAGCAAUUCAUUUCCAGGCUGUGAAUGUUUUAAUUUUGCAGAAGCAAGUCAGCUUCCGAAGAAUCAGACCUUUCACCAGAAUUCUGGUGCAAUGACUGAAGAGGAAAAGAUGGAAACACCCGUACCCGUAAAUGAAAUAAAAGCACGUAUUGAUCACAAAAAGGCAGAUGAAAGUCUGUUCCCACCCUGCUAUUUGCCGCAACCCAAUGAUGAACUCUUAGUCAGGGAGAGACGUAUCGAUUCCAGUGGUGAGCAGGUAAACCAUCAAACCGAUCGUCGGCUGAUGCACCAAAGAGUUACGGCCGCAGACUGGCGCAUGAGUAAUCGCAAUCUAUUAUCUCGCACUUGCAAUACAUUGGCUCAUAUGAAAAAGAAUGAGAAUGAUUGCAAAAACACGAUGGCACGCGCCUAUGCUAUUAUCGACAAAACCCAAGCUGCAAGUACUCAAAGUGUCCGAGACCGGUCAAAUUUAGUAACCAAAUGGAAAUGCACCAUAGAAAGAGCUAUUGCAGCAAUGAUCCAAGAGAUAACAGCGUUAGGCGAAGAGCGAUUGCGAUUGAAGCAAUCUUUAGUUGUUCUUGGCAUGCCCUAUUCAAUUGCUACUGAAUGCCUUCAAAGAAGAUGUACUCGGCCUGAAUCAGAAAGAAUAUAUGAUCAACCGGAGGCCGAAAUGCACAAAGAGUUGGAGCUGAUUGAACGAAUUCGUAAACUCUUAAACGCAACGUUGGCUGAUGUUGAAGCACAACAAGAGCAGAAUCGGCAGCAUCGUCAACUGCUCGAAAUGGAUUGGAGCGACAAGAAAGUUUCCAAUGAAAUCGAAACCUUGAAUGUAUCACUUAAUAAUCAUUCAACAAUUGUUUUGUUCCAUGCUGGUGCAACACGAUUUCCGGCUGACCAGUCAUCGGAGGAGUAUUGGGAACACUUUUCUAAAAAUAUACUGGAAGGGGCGGAAAAGUGCCGCCAAAAAUCCGUCGCUCUACGUGGUACACUGAAUGGCAUUCUCAUGAAUGCCGCUCGAGACCUUCGGUCCCAGGCAGAUGCAGUAGAACUGGCCUUCACAGCUCGUAUUGGUUGUAUGGAGGAAGUAGAGAAAAGACUGACUUCUGAAUUAAAAGAUUGCCUCCAAGAGCUUGCAGACACCGAGAAUUUGAUAGUCAAAAUGACACGAGGAAUAUUAAGUCUAGAUUGUGGAAUGAAGGUAGCCCAAACACGACUAGAUAACCGAUCCCAUCGACCCAAUGUUGAAAAUUGCCGUGAUAAAACUCAGCAUUGCCUUGUUGAGGAGGUUGAAAUCAUCCACAAUGGAAUGUCCGCAAUGAAGGCGGCGGCCGAUGAAGCAGAAAAUACCAAACGGAUGUUGAUGGAUGCGAGGACUGAACUUGAAAAGGAAAUCAUGUUAAAGAGACGAACUAUACUGAUGGAUAGGGAACGCUGUAUGCUAAUCCGCUCACAUUUCCCAUCUGCAACCCAGCUUACUGGUUAUGCAAAAGUUUAAAGGAAUUCUUUCGAAAUUUGUGCAAAUAAUGAAAUUCAAACUCCAUUUUUAAGUUAAAAUCUACAUACUUUAUAUUUUAUAACAUUCUUCCACUAUCGUUUCUAAUGCUACAAUUCACUUAGUAAUAUCAAUACUGUGUUCCGUUAUAUGGCAAGUAAAAUAUAGUUCUUCA